AUGGACGAUCUUGACUUGAGCUUCAGCCCUUUGAAGAAGGAAGCGCCUCCUUCGGGCUCAGCUGCUUCCAUCGAGGCUGGAGAUGGGCCUCGACCGGGACCUGAGAAGAAGAUGUUUCUCGACGAUGAGCUUGGGGACGACUUCCUCUUCGACCUGCGGAGGAAAAGUGACAUGACAUUCGAGCCUUCUCCUCAUAAACCUGGAGCGAUCAAGAAACUGGACGCGACAAAACAAGCUGACAUGUUGGAUUUUGACCUGACAGACUUCGGGGCAUCCAUUGGCAAAGUGAAGAAUACCGCAAACUUCGAUUGGACAGCAGACCUGGAGAAAGGCGGCGGCUUUGAUCUUUUCAAAGCUUUUGAGAUCCCAAGCUCCCCGGAGAAGUUCCGACCAGAAAACAGCCCGCACGUCCAAGCACUUCAGAAAGGAAUCGAAGACUUGCCAGUCUUCAGAGACCCCACCGAAGGAUCAGUGACAACUGAGAAUCUGGAGAAAGAGUCGAACAGAGACCAGGAGCAAGUUCAACCGCUUGUGGCCCUAGAAGUGCGGAAUGUUGAUUCUGAGCUAGUGAAGAGAGGUGCCGCCUCUAAACAGCCUCCAGAAACAGGAACUCUUGAAGGAGAACACUCGAAGUUCGAGAAAGAGGAAGACAAGGACUGUCGCCAGCGGUCAGAAAUCGACGACGUAUCGACACUAAGGAAAGAGACCGGUGUUGUGGAUGAAAAGGACGCAGACAGAGGGAAGGCAUCAGGUCCAAGCAACCCAAGCCACGAAGUGCCUGUCGUCGAUGGAAGAAUUCCAAACCCUGGCGAGACCAAACAGUCCACGGCGCGGCCUCCACUAUCUCAACAAGUCAAGAAAGAGAGCCGAAGAAGGAUUCUCGACUUGAUGUCAGCGAGACUUCCUCCAAGCUUCUUUCACCGAAGAAUAUUGGUCUUGGACGACUUCAGGUCAUCGCAACUGCUUGACAUGUCGUCUUCCCUUGCGAAACCGAGUACGCCAGUUGAAGAUCAUCCAGCUAACAGCCCCAUGAAGCAGAGUGCGCCUGAGGCAGCUACUCCGGCCAACGAUCCUCAGACCGCGGACAUGGAUAUUUCGCCGUUCGAUAGUAUCAUGACAGUUGCAAAACGCGGUGCACCAGAGUCUCAGGAACUGGCGGAAGAGAUCAUCAAGAAGGGCGAAAUUGCGAAGAAAGCUGACGAGUACACCAAGGAACUUGAUCAGAUGUAUGCUUCUCUGAAGAAGAAGCACGAGGAGGCGAAGGACCUGCUCGUCAAGGCCCUGAUCAACAACAACCGAAUGCAGAUGCUGAACAACCCAGUGACAGAAGACAAAAUAUCCUUUGCACUGCUUUUCCUUCCAACGCUUGAUUUUCAGUCAUCCAUGUGUCCGUGA